AUGUCCGCCAACGGGACGGCUGCGGCCACCGUGAGGGUUUCAGGCCCGCCCAACAGCGGUUUCCUCGUCGGGUACCCUGGCAUAUCCGCUACGCUGCCCCGCAUAGAGGGCAAGGUAGAGAUCCGCCCCGGCCUGGGCUACUCCAUGCCCGUCGCCGUCUCGCUCGUGAGGAUAUGCCUUCAACGGCGCGAGUCGAUACACCCGGACGCAGACAGCCUGGCGAAGCGCCAUCUCGGUACACCUAGGAGGGAGACGUCGGAUCUGGUGGGCAAGGAGGUGCUCCUGUUCCGGUGCGCCACGGGCAAGGAGGCCGACAACGUCGUCGCCAUGGACCUCCCCUUUGUGCUCUUCAUCCCCUUCGGCCGCGGCGGCGAGGAGAUGAACCGCCGCAUCCCGCCCGCCUCGCUGCAGCUGCCGAACCGCACGGCCGAGACGCUCUACGAGCUGGUGGUGACGGUCCAGCAGGGCCACAGCAACCAGUUCCGCCACACCUUCCCCAUACCCUUACAGCGAUACGACACCCUCUCCACAUUCGGAAUGUACAACAAGCCCGAGACGAAGCUGGCCACCAACGAUAACAUCGUCCACCUGGGCAUCAACCUGCCACGCUGGAGCUACGGCCCCACCGACCCCAUCACCGUAUAUAUCAAGGUCUCGCCGAACCCGGACGUGCUGUCCAAAGCUAGGCGCGUCACCGUCGACAAGAUCACCCUCGCCGUAGAGGAGGAGAUAACCUAUAACCCCGAGGGCGACGAGCCCACCAAGAAGAUCAACAAGCUGGCCAAGCAGGUCCAGACCGUCAAGGCGAAGCUUCCCGAGGCCGGGUACGCGACCAACAUGGGCCUCUGUUUCCCCUCCAAGGACCUCAGGGACCCGGAUGGGAUCGUCAAGAGGGGGAAGCCCGCUCUGCCCAUGUAUCGGGUCACGUCGUUUACCACCUCGUCGACGCUCUACAAGAUCGAGUUCUAUCUGAACGUCAAGGCCAGCCUGAGCGGUGCCCGCGACAUCACCAUACGGCAACCAAUCGUCAUCUGCCCACUGGACCAACAAGGUUGCAAGGAGGAGAUGGACGCCAUCGAGCAGGCCGCCAAGGACGCAUCCUACGUCGACCCGAAUAACCCCAUGCUGCCAGCACCUACCAUGAUCCGAGCUACGGACCGGAACGCCCUGCAGGCGCUUGGACUCUGCAUGGUCGGCGGUCAGAAGAAACCAUUCAUCGAAUGA